AUGUCUGGCGCUACCGUUCAUGUUUCGGGUAUUGCACCCACCACCUCUGAGAAGGACGUUCGGGACUUCUUCAGCUUCUGUGGCAAGAUCACCUCUCUUUCCAUCACCCCUACUAGUGCUGAAGCCGAUUCUCCCAAGUCUGCUAGUGUCACUUUCGAAAAGGAGGCUGCCGCCAAGACUGCCCUCCUCCUCGACCAAACCCAAUUGGGUUCCUCAUCCGUGCACGUUGAGGCCGCCUCCAACAUCGACGAGCUCGCCGGUGCCCAAGCCAUCGCUGCCAGCGAGCACGAGUCCGAGCACGAGAUUUCCCAGGAGGACAAGCCCCGCUCCCGCAUUUUCGCUGAGUACCUAGCUCACGGUUACGCUCUCAGCGACAACGCCAUCCAACAGGCCAUCACUCUGGACCAGAAGCACGGUUUCUCGACCAAGUUCACCUCUGCUCUGUCCAACUUCGACAAGAAGUACAACGCCACUGAGCGCGCUAAGGGCUUCGAUGAGAGCUACCAGAUCUCUAACAAGGCUUUCUCCGGCUUUUCCUCCCUGCACUCCUACUUCGAGAAGGCCCUUGAGCACCCCCAGGGUCGCAAGCUCCGCGAUUUCUACGUGCAGACUGAUAAGCAGGUCCGCGAUAUUCACAACGAGGCUCGUCGUUUGGCGGACUUGAAGCAGGGUCGUUCUGCUGAGGGUGAGGCUGCUGCUGCUCCCGCUGCUGCCCCUGCCCCUGUCCCUACUGAGGCUGCUCCUGCUGCUGUUCCUGCUGCUGAGGCUGUCCCUGCCACUGAGCCCAAGGCUUAA